AUGCCUGACAUUUUCUCGGUUCUUACUUCAACUGCUCCAGGUAUUCCACCAGUAUGGAGUUUCUUGAGUGGACAUGUAGAUUACAUUUCCAACCUUGAUGAUAAUCUUGACGAGUUGAGGAGUGCUUUGGAGGAUCUUAAAGCAAGAAGAGAUGAUCUGAUACGCAAGGUCGUUGCUGAAGAAAUCAAGGGCCAGAGACGGCUAGCUGAAGUGGAAAGGUGGCGUUCAAAAGUCCAAACCGUUGAAACUAACACCAAUCUGCUGAUUUGCGAGGCUUCCGUUGUACAGCUAAGGCUGUCAACAUAUGGGUAUUGCUCCUUCACCAUCACUAUAUUUUCAGCCUACUUAUGUGGCAAAAAGAUUCUUAAGAUGUUGAGUGAAGUUCAGAAACUCAUUUCUGCAAAGGUUUCUGAAGUGAUGACUCGGCAAGCUACUCUUCUUGUGGUAGUAGAAGAACCUUACCAGCAAACAUUUGGUCUUGAAUCAAAACUUCUUAGCACAUGGAGCCUUCUUAUGGAAGAUGGUACUAGAAUGUUGGGUCUGUACGGUAUGGGGGGAGUGGGUAAAACGACACUCCUCACUCUAAUAUGCAACAAGUUCCUUGAAGUCAAGAUUGAUUUUGAUGUUGUCAUUUGGGUCAAAGUGUCUAAAGAUGUAGAUAUUGGGAAGAUUCAAGACGAGAUCGGGGAAAGACUAGGCCUCUAUGACGAGAAUUGGUGCAAAAAAACACAAAGGGAGAAAAAGUGUGGAAUACACAGGGUUCUAAAAAAUACGAAACCCCGAUUUGUGCUGUUGUUAGAUGACUUAUGGGAGGAAGUGAGUUUAAACACAAUAGGAAUUCCAGUGAAGGGGGGUAAAUACAAAAUCGUGUUUACUACUCGCUUAAACAGUGUCUGUCGAGGGAUGAGGGGAGUUUACAGAGAAGUUGAACGUUUGGCGGACAAGGACGCACUGGAUAUGUUAACGCAGAUUUCCGGAAGAGGUGGCGAGAUGCUUGAUCUCGCAGAGAGGAUUGCGAAAAAGUGUCAUGGCUUACCCCUGGCAAUUGAAGUCAUUGGCAAGUGUCUGUCAUCUAGAACGACUGAGCAUGAAUGGCGUGAUGUACUGGAUACUUUGGCUUCUUCUCCAGAUGUAUUGGAAGGUAUGGAGGAAGAGAUGUUUGGUGUUUUGAAAGUAAGCUAUGAUUAUUUGGCGAAAGAGGAUGCCAAGUUGUGUUUCCAGUAUUGUGCUUUAUUUCCCAUGGGAUAUACUAUCAAACAAGAUGAGCUGGUGGAGUAUUGGAUCGGCGAAGGUAUCAUAGACGUAACGCGUGGAAGAGACAGGGCAAAGAGUCGAGGUGUUGAGAUAAUCAGUACUCUUGUUGGGGCAGGCUUGUUAUUGAAGGAUGAAGCGUCUAAACAGAAAGUGUAUAUGCACAAUAUGAUCCGUGAGAUGGCGCUGUGUAUAGUAUCCGAAAUCAGGGAUGGAAAAAUGUAUCUUGUGAAAACAGAUGCUGGGUUAAGCCAAAUGCCUGAUGUCCCGGACUGGACAGCCGUGACAAAGAUGUCUCUGGUGAACAAUGAGAUUCCGGGCAUACCGGACGAUCCUGAAUUCCCUGAACAAGCUCCACUUAUAACCUUGUUCCUUCAAAAUAACAGGUUGGUCGAAAUUGGCUGUAAAUUCUUUGCAGUCAUGUCGACUCUGGUCGUUUUGGAUCUAUCCUCGAAUCCUGAUAUCACCAAGUUGCCCGAUGAGAUUUCAGAAUUGGUUUCUUUGCGGUACCUCAAGUUACUAGGGACGAGGAUAAAAGAUUUGCCGGAGGGUUUCAAGAAAUUGCUCAAACUGAUCCACUUGGAUUUGGAGUCCACAUCCAGUCUUCGUAGCAUCAGUCUGAUAUCAGGAUUACAAAAGUUGCAGGUCUUGAGAUUUUAUGCUUCCGCUGUGUUAGAUGGCUCCUUACUGAAGAACUUGGAGUCUUUGAAGGGGUUGCAACUUUUGACCAUUACUGUGAGAGAAGUUGAUGUUUUAAAAGCUUUCUUAGGAAGCAAGAGAUUGCCAAAGUGUACUCAGGGUCUAUAUCUUGACGGACUUGAAGUCUCAGGGGUAUCAGGAAAAUCAUUUGCAGCCACCUUUGGUGAGUUGGGAAGUCUUUCCAAACUUAAAAUGACAGAUUGCGAUAUCAAAGAGUCAGAGACAGAAUGGGAAGAAAACAGAAGUCUCCAGUGUUUAUCUCCACCUCCAUCUCCAUCCAAUCAAAGAAGUCAAAGCAAGAUAUGGUUCGAAAACCUCUCAGCUGUGGUAAUAUACUCAUGCGUAGGUCUAACGGAUUUGACAUGGCUGGUAUAUGCUGCAAAUCUCCAGUCUCUGAGCGUCAAAAUCUCGCCUAAGAUGAAAGAAGUAAUAAACGAAGAGAAAGCUGGGAAUGUCGAGGUUGACCCUUUUCAAAAGCUACAAGUUCUUGAUUUAGGUUAUUUGGAUGAAUUGGAGAGCAUAUAUUGGACUUCACUCUCUUUUCCAAGACUGGAGAAAGUCAGUAUAACAGAGUGCCCGAAGCUACGUAAGCUUCCAUUAAAUUCUACGAGUGUAGAUGGAGUUGAUGAUCUUCGCAUUGAAGUGGAUGAGGGAUGGUUAGUCGGAGUUGAAUGGGAGAGUGGAGCUGAGGAGCGAUUUCGUCUUGCCAUCCACACAGCUUCUGUUUCUUAA